AUUCCAUCACAGUGUCAAAGGCUCCAUGUGGGUAAUCACAUAACAUAUUCCUCUUCUGUAAAAUUAGAUGUCAGAUUAAGAAUUUAGCUUAAAGACAGUUAAAUUUGUUUAAAUAGGUAAGCCUGCCUGCCUUCCUACUUUCCUUCCUCCCUUCCUCCCUUCCUUCCUUUCUUCCUUAAUUCAGUGACUUCUUAAAGUUGUUUCUUAAUAAUUUUGUACAUACCAAAAAUUUAUGAAUAAUAAAAGAGUUGUUUUAAAAUAAUUGUGUCAUACAUCUAUCUGGUUCUCUCUUUAAUAGUAAAAUGGAGAAAAAUCGAACAAUGGUUACAGAAUUCAUCCUACUGGGAUUUUGUCUUGGUCCAAGGAUUCACAUAAUCCUUUUUGGGCUCUUCUCCCUGUUCUAUGCCUUCACCCUCCUGGGGAACGGGCUCAUCCUGGGGCUCAUCUGGCUGGACUCCAGACUGCACACCCCCAUGUACUUCUUCCUCUCCCACCUGGCCAUCGUUGACAUAGCCUAUGCCUGCAACACGGUGCCCCGGAUGCUGGUAAACCUCCUGAAGCCAGACCAGCCCAUCUCCUUUGCUGGCUGCAUGACGCAGACCUUUCUUUUCUUGACUUUUGCUCUAACAGAAUGUCUUCUCCUGGUGGUGAUGUCCUAUGAUCGGUAUGUGGCCAUCUGCCACCCGCUCCGAUAUUCUGUCAUCAUGAACUGGACAGGCUGCAUCAUCCUGAUGGUGACUUCCUGGGCAUGUGGCUCCCUGCUGGCCCUGGUCCAUGUGGUUCUCAUCCUGAGGCUGCCCUUCUGCGGGCCUCAUGAAAUCAACCACUUCUUCUGUGAGAUCCUGUCUGUCCUCAAGCUGGCCUGCGCUGACACCUGGCUCAACCAAGUUGUCAUCUUUGUUGCCUGUGUGUUUAUCUUAGUCGGGCCCCUCUGCCUGGUGCUGGUGUCCUACACGCGCAUCCUGUUCGCCAUCCUGAGGAUCCAGUCCGGGGAGGGCCGCAGAAAGGCCUUCUCCACCUGCUCCUCCCACCUCUGCGUGGUGGGGCUCUUCUUUGGAAGCGCCAUUGUCAUGUACAUGGCCCCCAAAUCCCGCCACCCCGAGGAGCAGCAGAAGAUCCUCUCCUUGUUUUACAGCCUUUUCAACCCUAUGCUGAACCCAAUGAUCUACAGCCUGAGAAAUGCAGAUGUCAGGAGUGCCCUGAAAAGGGCAAUGUGCAAGGAAAGUCAUUCCCAAUUAGAGUGACAUUGGAAUCACCAGACUAAGUGCUUGAUCACUGCCUAAAUCCAGGAAAUUUCACUUUUCUCAUCUUAAGUGUACCUAAAGGACAAGCUCUCCUCUUCCUUUGAAUGAAAAGCUUUAGAUAUGUUGUAUUCAUUGAUUAUCUACAGGUGUGAUUUUAUCAGAUACGAUCUUUUUCUUUUAUUGCUCAUUGAAUUUAAUAUCUGUGACAUUAAAAAAUGUUUAAGUUCAUUUUCUAGGUCCCAAAGGUUGAACACAGUCUAUCUCUCUCUCU